GAGGUGAAUAUUGAAUUCGAAGCACAUUCCAUAUCAGACAAUGACUAUAAUGGGAUAAAGAAAUUACUACAACAGUUGUUUCUAAAAGCUCCUGUUAACACUGCUGAAUUAACUGAUAUAUUAAUACAGCAGAAUCAUAUUGGAAGUAUUAUCAAGCAAGCAGAAGUCCAAGAAGACAGUAGUGACGAUGAUGAAGAUGAUGACGAAGUCUUUGGUUUUAUAAGCUGCUUAAACUUAAUGGAAAGGAAGGGUACACAGUGUGCGGAACAAAUCAAAGAGCUGAUUCUGAGUCAGUGUGAGAAGAGCUGUGAACAGCAUGUAGUUGGACAACUGGAGAAGCUCCUAAAUGACAGUACUAAGCCUGUGGGUCUUCUGCUAAGUGAAAGAUUCAUUAACGUCCCACCACAGAUUGCUCUGCCCAUGCACCAGCAGCUUCAGAAAGAGUUGGCUGAGGCACAGAGAACAAACAAACCUUGUGGAAAGUGCCACUACUAUCUUCUUAUCAGCAAGACCUUUACAGAAGCCACAAAGAGCAAUUCAAAGAGGAGGGAUGGGAGAAAUCAGCAAAAGGAGGAAUUAAUGUUUGCAAAUGCAGAGGAAGAAUUCUUUUAUGAGAAAGCCCUUCUGAAGUUCAGCUACUCUGUGCAAGAGGAAAGUGACACCUGUUUGAGUGGCAGAUGGUCCUUUGAUGACGUACCCAUGAAACCUUUGCGGACUGUUAUGAUAGUUCCAGCUGAUGGAAUUAAUGUAAUUAUGGAGAAGCUCAAAGACUAUCUCUCACUCUGA